CGCUCCUCUUCUCCUCCUCCCAGGUUCGUCCAUAUCCCUUCCCACCACCUCUCUCUCGUCCAGUUGACGUGAAGCGGCGUCUCCUCUCUCCGUCGACCACCCGCCGCGGCCUUCGGUACGUGCCAUUCCCCGACGAUCUCCGGCCUUCUCACGAACCGCUGGAAAGUACUGGUGAGGGCAUGGCUGACGCAAGGUGGUUGCCCAGAUAUUAUGGCAGGGGGGAAUAUUGUGGCCAUUUGCCAGUAUGGUGGUGAAUUUGUCUCAAAUAGUGAUGGGUCUAUGUCCUAUACUGGUGGAGAAGCUCAUGCAAUGGAAAUUGGUCAAGGCACGCUGUUUGAUGAGUUUAAGUCAGAACUAACCAGUAUGUUUAAUAUUGACAUCAGUGGCAUGUCUAUCAAGUACUUUCUUCCAAACAACAAAAGGAUACUCAUCACGGUAUCUAGUGACAAGGAUUUACAACGAAUGGUUGAUUUCAGUGCUGAUGCUUCAACAGCAGAGGUUUAUAUCUUAAAUAAGGUCGAUAACAGCUUUUGCAGGUCUAGGAGCAACGUAGCUGAUUCAGGAACAUCUAUUGUUGCCACAGCUACUGCUGUUCGUGGUGGUAGACGGAAGAGGUUAACUUCUGGUGCCAGGGCAACUAGAGCAAGGAUGCGUGCGGCUGAUUCAGGUAACCCCAAUGCUGCCACCAAUGCCGCAGCAGACAAUGCCAAUAAUGUGAGACAGAAGAGGCCAAAUGUUGCUGAAGAUGCUGACAAUUGUGCAUCUAGGACCAUAGCAGCUAACUUGGGCAUGCCUGUUGUUGCCAUUGCUGCCGCUCCAGACAACAUUGGACAGCAGGGGACAACCACUGUUGAUGAAGUUGAUGAGAGGGCAACUAGGAGUGUUUUGGUUGAGCCAAGUAACCUACUUAUUCCCUCUGUAGCCACUCCUGAAGAUGUUAGACCGCUUAAUUUAAACUCUCUCUGGGACAAUGUUAUCACUGGUGUGGGGCAGGAAUUUGAUAAUGUCAAGGACUUCCGUGCUCAAUUAUGCAAGUAUGCCAUCAGUAAAGGUUUUGUUUACAAAUUUAUCAAAAAUGAAAGUACACGUGUGACCGUAAAGUGCAAUGAGCAGAAUUGUGCAUGGCGGCUGCAUGCAUCUGAGUCAUCUUACAAGCAGAAAUUUGUGAUUAAGAAGAUGAAUAAUGUGCAUACAUGUGGAGGAGGAAAUGGCAAAGAUGGUCAGCGGCGAGCAACAAGGCAAUGGCUGACAAGUAUUCUUAAGGAGAAAUUACAGGAAACUCCACAGUGUAAGCCCAAAGAACUCGUAAGAGAACUCUAUGAAGAUUAUGGAGUGACUUUAACAUACUCACAGGUAUGGCGAGGAAGGGAAGUUGCCCAAAAAGAGCUAUACGAUACUCUCAAGGAGACAUAUAGUCAGUUGCCUUGGUUCUGUGAAAGAAUACUAGAAACUAACCCGGGUAGCGUUGCCAUUUUAUCCACAUCACUUGAUUCAAAAUUCCGUCGCUUUUUUGUGUCAUUUCAUGCUUCUCUCCAUGGUUUUGAGCAUGGUUGUCGCCCUCUCCUUUUUCUUGAUAGGAUUCCGUUAAAGGCAAAUAAUCAAUUUAAGUUGUUAGCUGCUGCUUCAGUUGAUGGAGAUGAUGCUAUCUUUCCAGUUGCCUUUGCUGUAGUAGAGGAUGAGAAUUAUGAUAGCUGGAUUUGGUUCUUAGGGCAGUUGAAAUAUGCUGUCACAACCUCUCGUACCAUUACCUUUGUGUCCAAUAGGCAAAAGGGCUUGGAUGAAGCUGUGCCUCAGGUGUUUGAGGAUAGUCACCACAGCUACUGUCUGCAUCACCUCGUAGAAGAUUUUAAAGGAGAGUUGAGGAAGGGGUUAUGGCCACAACAGGUCAAAGAUGCCAUGGUUGAAGAUUUUACUCGUGCUGCUCAGGCCUGCACAAUUGAAGAUUUUAAUGCCUCCAUUGAAAGCAUAAGGAAUGUGUCAAGUCAAGCUGCAGAUUGGGUGAUCGCUAGUAAGCCUGAAAAUUGGUCAGAUGCCAUUUUUAGCGGUUCAAGAUAUGACCAUUUCUCAUCGAACAUUGUUGACUCAUUUAAUAACUGGAUACCAGCAAAAAAGGAGUCAUCAGUAGUGCAGAUGGUUGAUGCAAUACAGGGAAAGCUAAUGGAGUUGGUAGAAGCAAGGCGUGAGUCUUCUAAUGCUUGGGAGAGCACUCUAACACCAUCCAUGGAGCAGAAGUUGCAAAAAGAAGUGUCAAAGGCCCGUAAGCUUAAUGUGCUAUGUUCUUCUGAUACUGUGUUUGAGGUACGUGGCAAUACAAUUUAUGUUGUCAACAUUGGAAGUUGGGAAUGCACUUGUCGACGGUGGCAGAAUUCUGGUCUACCAUGCAUGCAUGCUAUUGCAGUCUUUGAUCGUGUCGGUAGAUCUGUUUAUGAUUAUUGUUCAAGAUAUUUCAGGACCGAAUGUUAUCAUUUAACAUAUUCAGCAUCGAUCCAUCCGAUACCUGAUGUAGGGGGCAUAGACUUCAAUUCUGGUGCGAAUUCAUAUCCUCCUGCCACUCGCCGUCCGCCAGGGCGACCAAAGAGAAAGCGAUUUAAUCCUGAUAAGACAAAUACAGUGUUACGGCACUGCAGCAGGUGCAAAGUUGCAGGGCACAACAAGGCAACUUGUGAAGCUGUUCUGUAGAUUCAUGCGUUAUCUAGUUUCCCUUGUGCAUAUCAGGUAUUAUGAUAUCUUGGAUGGAUCUUUCAAAUUGCAAAAAUCCAUGGCCAUGCACCUUUUUUUUGGUUGUUUGGUGGCUAUAAAUACAUUAUCUUUUUUUAUCUUAGGCCUUAUGAUAGAUUCUUCUUUGAUGCUAUAUAUUGCUUCUACCACUGAUGAAGCAUGUUUUGCUUUGCAUGAAAACUGUGAAGGCAAAUAUAUGGACUAUUUUCUCCUGUUGCAUCUACU